AUGGUCACUGGAGUGAUAGACUACCAGCCACCAUUCUAUAUACCUUACGUUUUACAGGCACGGACGAAGCAAUUCUACCUAACGUACAACGGUUGCAACUUUAGGUGCAUCACUCUAGAGCCAUCCCCAAAUAUCCAGUACAAGGGACGGUGUUUGUUUGUGCAUGGUUACAGGGAAUGCAGCGAGCUACAUCUUCGCAUGAUGGAUGCUCUUACUCUUCAGGGCUACGCAUGCUUCAUAUUUGACCAGCGCCGCAACGGGCUUUCGAAGCCUCGGGGAAUUCUUGAUUAUACCAACGACCACUACACGUUCCGAGACCUUGAGUUUUUUGUCAGCUACAACUUGGCCAUCGAGAGCGACAACCUGUGUCUGAUAGGCCACUCAAUGGGUGGAGCCAUUGUCCUCAAUUACAUGAUGAAUGGCGCCAACAGGCAAAAAAUCCGGACCGUUGUGACAUCUUCACCACUGUUGCUGCACCGUGACAACAACUCGCUGUGGAAAUUCCUGUUCCUGCUAGUUCUGAGCUACGUUCCGCUGCUCAACUUGUUGACGUUGCAAAAAACAGACGUCGACAUCGUCAAAAAGCAACAAGUGCUGCAAAAAGCUCUGGAAGAGGAGAAACUCAGAAAGCUAGCCACCAGGAACAGACUGACAAAUGACAUGAGGUGGCUCAAGACGGUCAACGAGGUGCGUCUGAUCUCAAAGCCAGGGACGAUCGAAGAGGUAAUACACAUUCUGAGGCGCGGCUUAUAUUUGUUGGACAACUGCGAUAGGGUUCGUGAGAAAUAUGCGGAGCUCAAGCAUUGCAAGUUCCUAGUGUGCCAGACUUAUGACGACCCUCUGGCGGAUACUCGUGGCGUGCACAGCUUUGUGAAAGCUAUUCCGGAAAUCCGGAUCCGGUGGUACGACAACUGCAAACACGCGCUGUUUAUUGAGCGGAACGAGGUGUUUGAGCGCGUGCUCACUGACGUGUUGCAGAUCUUGAAUGAGUAG